AAUCACUCGAGCAGUACCAUAGCUAAAAUCUCAGAAAGCACAGUCAUUCAGCAUUUUUACAGCAAAUUUGAGCCCAUUCUUGCGCACUACACUUUUCCACAACCUGUCGAGAUUAAGUACCUGCACCUGUGAACUGAGUACAUAGUCAUAUUGCAACGUUGAGGAAAGAAGUGUUUCAUCCUCCUUGACCCUCUUCUUUACCUCAGGCUUGACAUCAUUUUUGGUAAUAGACAACAAACAUUUUCACUAAUUUUUGUCAUGUUUUUUCGAUUUCUGAUUGUGGGAUUGAUCUUCAAUACGAUCCAUGCCCUCAAUGAAUAUCGAUACAUGAGGAUCCUUCCAGGCAAGGACGACACUUAUGUGGAGUAUUCUAGCGACAUUCCGUCGCUUGACAAGCACAACAUACAAAGAGAGAAGAUCCCGACCCCAAAGUUAUAUGCUGUCUUCAAGAGCCUCGAUCGUGGCGACUACAUCAUUCAAGCUUUUCAGACGACUGCAUCGGGACUUUUAGGCAACUACAUCGUAGCAGAUACGGCUCCGCGAGGGAGCCAUUGGGGCAAAGUCGAUCGUUCUGGGUCUUCUUGUCCACCCUUCGAUCCCAAGACAUCCAAGAAGAUCAACGAUGUGAUCAGUCAAGUUUUAGAGGGUACCAUCACCUUGCAGGAUGUUCCCCCAUAUUCCAAUAGUCAAUUAAUGUUGGAGAAAUCUGCUGUUUUUCAGCCUCAAUUAGAUCUGAUUGGAAUGCUCAGCCUUCUUUUCCUUCACCAUAUUUUCCGCACCCUGGUUAUACCUGAUCACUUUUGCUCAUAGAAUCCAUCUAAGCUUAUGCUCUCCAGUGAUCACUACUGAUGUACCACAUACGCUUAGCAUAACUUCUUGUGCUUGAUGAAUGCAUUAUACAUAAUGUGAUUGGAAAGCUACUGGAAAUUGUUUUUUCUUGAAAUUUUGUCCUACCACUAGGGAAAAAUGAACCAGGUUUAGAAAAGACCAAAUCCAAUCAACCAAG